AGAACUGAAGAAGAAGAAUAUAUAUUGUCAACAGCCAUUUACUUGAGGUUAGAUUUUAGUAAACAAUUGAUACUUGAGGUUGAGGCAAUCAAGCCACAAAUUUAGGAUUAUUCAGUUGUGAAGGUGUAUUUUCAUUUUUUUUAAACAAUUUUCAAUAAUGCCUAACUCUGAAGAUGAAAGUGAAACUGUGUCCGGCCCAGUUGACAAUGCUUGGGAAUUGAAAAUUCCUGAGUUCAAACCAGAAGAUAACCCACAUGGCUUGUUAGAAGAAAGCUGUUUUGCCACUCUUUUUCCCCAAUACAGAGAACAAUACUUGAGGCAAAUUUGGCCUUUAGUUCAGAAAACACUCUCGGAACAUUUCAUCAAAGCUGAACUAGACGUGGUGGAAGGAAGCAUGACUGUUCGAACGACACGAAAAACUUGGGAUCCUUACAUCAUCAUAAAAGCUAGGGAUAUGAUAAAAUUGAUGUCACGUAGUGUUCCUUUUGAGCAAGCUAAACGUGUGUUGGAAGAUGAAGUUGGUUGUGAUAUAAUCAAGAUAGGAAAAAUCACCCGCAAUAAGGAAAAAUUUGUUAAACGAAGGCAAAGGCUUAUUGGCCCCAAUGGUUGUACUUUGAAAUCUAUAGAACUGUUAACCAAUUGUUAUGUUCUCGUGCAGGGCCAAACUGUGUCUGCCUUGGGCCCAUACAAAGGAUUGCAACAAGUCAGAAAAAUAGUAGAAGAUACCAUGAAAAAUGUCCACCCAAUUUAUAACAUAAAAGCUUUGAUGAUCAAAAAAGAAUUAGCAAAAGAUCCAAAAAUGAAAAAUGAAAACUGGGAGAGAUUCCUUCCCAAGUUUGUCAAUAAAAAUAUCAGCAAACGGAAACAACCAAAGAACAAGAAGGAGAAGAAACCAUACACACCCUUUCCACCUCCUCAACAAGAGAGCAAAAUCGAUAAGGAACUUGCUAGUGGGGAAUACUUUCUCAGUAAAACACAAAAACAAGCUAAACAGCGGAAAGAAAAAGAUGAAAAGCAUGCUGAAGCUGCCAAGAAGAGGGAAGAGAGAAGGAAUCAGGCAUUCGUACCUCCUGAGGAGCCUAAUACUUCAAAGGCUAGUACUAAUACUAAAACUAGUAUAGAUAUAGCUGCUCUAAAAGAAAAAGUGGCCAAAGCCAAAAAAGGUGUGAAAGGUCUUGUUAAGAGAAAAGAAAAGUGAAGAGUUUGUUGUAAUUAAACAAUAUAAUGUUAAUAAAUUGUUAUAUUUC